UCCGAGGAAGGUUGUGUGAGUGUUGUUCGAAAACUAAUUCGAAAUUCGACAGAAACCAUAUGGCACGUCGAAUUGUGCUGAUCCAUGGCUUGCGGCACUCGCCGCCGCCGAUCGAGGCUGCGUUCCGGAGGCUGUGGCCUCAGGCACAGUUGGUGAACCUCAUGGACGACUCGUUGGCGGUAGACCUGGUGCAAUGUGGCUCCGUUGCAGGAGAGCCGUCCCAACUGCAUCCAUCGAUUCUCCAGCGCUUCUUCGCACUGGGUCGGUAUGCGACGUCCACUGGAGCCGACGGUAUUCUCUUCACGUGCUCGGCGUUCGGGUCGUACAUUGACGCCGUCCAAGCUGACCUUCCAUCGCAUCUACCUGUACUGAAGCCCAAUGAAGCCAUGCUUCACGACCUCGCCAAGAUCCCGACGGACGUGGCCUUAGUCGCGACCUUCGCCCCCACUCUGCCAUCCAUGGUCCAGGAAAUCAAAUGUGUUGCUCCCGACACAAAGGUCGUUCCAUUGCACGUGCCGGGUGCGUUGGCAGCGCUCGACGGUGGUGACGGCGAUAUGCACGAUGCGCUGAUUUUGGAGGCGGUGCAGGAGCUACUGGCACAGCGACCUGACAUCCGAGGGGUAGCUCUAGCCCAGUUCUCCAUGGAGCGAGCCCAGCCGCUACUCGAACAUCACCUUGACGGAGUUGCCGUGCUUACCACACCAUCAUCCGCAGUGCGCGCGAUGCAUGCCAGAUUAGGCUGAGUACACUGUCUGCCUUAUUGUGUAAGCAUUGCUGGUCAUUGGCAAUGACCACCAAUUUGGUUAUAUGCAACGCUACCCGGUAGCCUGUGAAUGGGUGGGUUUUCCGGUACAGUACUACACUCUCAUUGCGCAGACCUGAGCUUACAGUCAGUCGUUGGCAACGGUCCAGGAACAACUACGGUAUGGUACUAGUAAAAUGGCACCGGGGUAGUACUGCCACCACAGAACUGAAUAAUUC